AUGCAUAUCACAUUCAAGGAUUUGAAGAAACAGACAGUCCAGGUGGACCUCGAGCCCUCCGACACGGUGUUGUCAGCUAAAGAGAAAGUUGCUGCUGCCAAGGACGUUGAUCCCUCACAAUUGAAGUUCGUCUAUUCGGGAAAAGUGCUACAGGAUGAGAAGACUCUCGAAGACUUCAAAGUCAAGGACGGAGACUCGGUCAUUUACAUGAUCUCCAACAAGAAGGUUCUGCCUCCUAAACCAGCACCUGCUGCUCCUCCUGCCACUGCUGCUGCGCCACUGUCGACUUCGGGGGAAAGUACACCUUCUGCCGAGUCGGCUGGCGCCGCUGCCGCCGCCGCUGCUCCUUCAACCACCACCGAUGGAGACGCAAGCCAAACUGAAUCUUCGGGUUCUGGCGACUUCUCCCUGGGCCCUGUGCGUGAGGCUGCUAUCCAAAGCAUGAUGCAAAUGGGCUACGAGCGUCCCGCCAUUGAGAGGGCGUUGCGGGCGGCGUUCAACAACCCUCACAGAGCUGUGGAGUACUUAAUCACUGGAAUCCCCGAAUCAUUGGCUCCAGCCCCUGCUCCAGAGGCUCCAGAGGCUGCAGAGGCUCAAGGGGCCGCUAGCGAGGAUCACGAAGCUGAAGAUGACCACGCUGCAGAUACCAGCGACAUCACGGAGAACGCCGAGCCGAACGUCCAUGAAAACAUGUUUGAUGCGGCUGAAGCUGCUGCGGGUGGUGAAUCAGAGGCCGGAGGUGAGGUUGAGUUGGGAGAAUCCGAGGAAAAUCAACUCUCGAUGCUCCGUGCAGCCAUCCAGAGCAAUCCCGAGUUAAUCCAGCCGAUGUUGGAGCAGAUUGCUGCCUCCAACCCUCAAGUUGCCGAGUUAAUUCUGCAAGAUCCAGAGAGAUUUAUCAGAGCAUUUUUGGGCGGCGAAGGUGAAGACUUGGGAUUUGAGAUCGAGGGUGAGGGUGAGGACCAGGACCCUGAAGGAACCGUGAGAGUAAUGUUGACCGAGCAGGACGAGAAUGCUAUCCGCAGAUUGUGUGAGUUGGGCUUUGACAGAAACUUGGUGAUCCAGGUCUACAUGGCUUGCGACAAAAACGAAGAGGUCGCUGCAGACAUCUUGUUCCGCGAUACGUGA